AUGAGUCAUGACCACGACGAGAAGCACUGGGAAACCAAGGCUCGUUCCCUCAAGAGGAUCGCCUUCCUCGGGGUUACCCUCUCCACCGUCGCUACUCUGAUCUGUAUCAUCUCGGUGCCGAUGCUGUAUAACUAUAUGCAGCAUGUGCACUCACUCAUGCGGAACGAAGUCGACUUCUGCAAGUUGCGCUCGGGUAACAUCUUGAGGGAAGUGCUGUCGAAGGAGGUCACUAGAACUCGACGUCAAGCUAGGGGAUGCUGCGGAUGCGGUGUUUCUGCCAGAGGAGCACCAGGACCACCAGGGCCAGCUGGGCAGCCCGGAGGCGAUGGAAGGCCUGGCCAGCCAGGAAGAAACGGCCCUGACGGACCACCAGCAACUCCUGCUCCGCAAGUCAACCCGUGCUUCAACUGCCCUGCUGGACCUCCAGGACGCCCAGGAAACGCAGGAAGUCGUGGAGCGCCAGGGAACAGAGGUUCAGAUGGACGCCCUGGAGGACCAGGAAGUCCUGGAGGCCGAGGAGCUCCUGGACUACAAGGUCCUCCCGGAAACGCUGGACGGCCAGGAAACCGAGGAUCACCUGGAACACCCGGACGAGUCAUCCCAUCUGCAGGUAAUCGAGGACCUCCAGGACCUCCUGGACCAGCAGGACCACCCGGAAGAAACGGUAAUCCUGGAGGACGAGGAAACCCAGGAACGCCUGGUGGACGUGGCCCUCCUGGCGACAAUGGAAGAGCUGGAGCUCCCGGACGACCUGGAGCACCUGGACAGAGAGGACAAGACGGAAACACUGGUGCCAGGGGAAGCUGCGACCACUGCCCUCCUCCUCGUACUGCACCAGGAUAUUGA